AUGGAUAUUGGAAUGUGGAUUGGAAUUGCUUUCGCUCACCAUGUGCGUGAACUGAUACUCAAUACUGAAUCUGUGGCUCAGAAAUGGUCGUUCAAGUUGCCUAGAAGCUUGUUUAACUCCCAAACACUAGAGACCUUGGUCCUAACCGGUUGGGUUCUUGUAGAAGUUCCUUCUCAGGCUCGUCUCAAGUCUCUUAAGACUUUGCAUCUGUACUCUGUGGAAUACAAAGACGACGCAACGGUUGUUAACCUUUUAUCUGGCUGCCCUAAACUUGAAGAUUUGGUAGUGCAGCGAGGCCUAGGUCUAGUGGAUGUGGAGAUUUUCUCUAUCGUGGUUCCGUCUCUACAGAGGCUAACGAUUUAUGAUGACAAUGAUUGGCAAGGGUUUGGGGGAUAUGUGAUAAAAGCUCCAUCUUUGAAAUACUUGGAGAUUAGAUGGAUGCAUGGUCUUCAGUUAUGUCUGAUUGAGGAUGCACCUGAGCUGGUGGAGGCCAAAAUUAUCAAUGUCUCUAACGUAGUGAGCGAGAAUAAUCUGGGAUCUCUCACUUCAGCCAAACGUCUUUCGUUGGAUUUGUCACCCUUGGAGAUUACAUUUCCUACGGGUCUUAUCUUCUGUAGGCUGGUAUAUUUGGAGCUACUUACAUGUAGAGCUGAGUGGUGGAAUCUUCUUGUGCCCAUGCUCAAUGCUUCUCCUAAAUUACAAGUCCUCAAGCUCAUCGGUCAAUCUUGGUCAGAGGCUGAAAAAGAUGGUGUGGAAUGGAGUCAAGCCAAGAAUGUUCCUGAAUGUUUGUUGCUUCAUCUUGAGACAUUUGUGUGGAAAGGCUGUGAACAAUUACUAGAAGAGGAGAAAGAGGUGGCCAAGUACAUCCUAAGAAACAGUAAUCGUUUGAAGAAAGCGAUUUUCUCCACAGAAGGCUAUGAAGGUACCAACUUCGAUCAAGAGAUGGUGAAGGAAUUGGAAAGUGUGGUUAGAGCUUCGAAUUCAUGCCAGCUUGUGUUCAAAUGA